GCCGUGAUUCGCGCGUAAGGCUUUUCCUAGGCUGGCCGCGCUGCUACUUCCUCGUUCACUCCGCCAUCGCUGAUGGAGCACGAGGGCAUGGUCUCACCCACACAUCGUGGGUGCCGCUUGCCGGAGUCACCUGUGCCUUGAAGUAACCCAUUUACACCUACAGUCGGUUGGUCACACGGUGGGUUUCACUACAAUUGGAUAUGCACUCAUUGAGAGCGGGUAACUAAACCAAGUUCAGGCGGGUUUAGACGGGUUCUUCUCGGGCUUAUUAGAGAGAGAGGAUAGGUCGACUAUGGCAGAGGCGGGUGACGAGGCUGGAAAGGGAGGAGGUAGGUCGCCACCGCCGCCCAAUUUUUGGGUUAUGGAAGAUAGAGUCAGAUACUCCAUCGGACAAUGCUAUGAUGAAGGCGUGUUGCCGAUAGAACCCAACAUGGGUGAGGUGGUCGAGGAUGAGAGGGGUAGGAGGUUCAAGGUGAACGAGUCUCUCGAUGCCAUUAAAGAGAAGUGGUUGAAGGAGAGGACCGUGAUCUUCAUCUUCCAAGACGAGGUGAGGAACCUGGCACGAGGAGUGAAAGAGGAUCUGAUUUGUGCGUUAGAAGACGGGUGGCUUGCUAGGAGGCUGUUCAGUGCAGAUGUCAGAAGAGGGCGCAUUAAGUUUGAAGGUCCUAAUGUCGUUUCCUGCGUGGCAAGGGCUUCGGAAGUGGGCACUUGGCUCAUGCAGUUCGUCAAGACUGAGCUUGGCAGGGUGCCGCUGGAGGCUAUGUACUACUUACCGAGUGCGGUGGAAGGCUUGAUUGGGGGCCUCAAGCAGAUGCAUGCGCCGGAAGCUGACAGAUCGCGGCCUAAACUGAUGAAUGUGAAGAACGAUAUGGAUCCUCAGGCCCGAUUUAAGGUGGAAGACACGCUGAUUAUCGAAUCUCCGAAGGGUGAAUGGUGGAAAGUGGAGGUGGCCACUCCUUAUUCCGAUUGGUGUAGCAAGCGCUGCUGGUACUUUCACACCGAGGAGAAUUGUCCUCGACAGGGGUAUGACAGAGGGCCUAGGGGGCAGGGGAACCCCAACCUAGCUCAACACCGUGCUCCUUCAUUGUCGGACCCGGGAAGAGCAGCUCAUUCGGCGGAUGGGGCUGGGAGACCAGACGCGGCACCGCAGGCAUCUCAGGCUUCUCACGCACGGGGAGCGAUCGGCACUCGUGAUGCAGUCCGCCCUUCGCAGGGCUUCGCCACGUCAGCGCAGCCGGAUAGAAGGCGAACGAACACGGCGCAGGCACGAGAUCAGAGUGUGCUUGCCCAGUACCCUCACGUAAUAGCGAACCCCACGUUAUCCCCCGCCCCUCAUAACCAAUCCUACUCCCUCCAAGCCGCCCAACCUCCCCCUCCACCUCCUCCUGAUCGCGCACUAAUGCCUGAAUGGACGAUCCCUGGGGAGUGGCCAGCGUCUGUCUAUGCAGCCCCUCACCCCGGGCAGUGGCAGGCUGCACCCAACCUCGCUCAAGGGCAUCAGGAGGUUAAUUACCGUUUUCAUCCUACGCAUCACUCCAACCCCGAUCCUUUCCACCCGGACCCAAGGUUCCUUUAUGCCCCUCCACCGAGGUAUGACCUUCCCUCUCUGCCUCCUUAUCAGUCUCAGGGAUAUGAGUAUGGCGCGCCCCAGUUCAAUGCAGAAGGAGGAGGUGCGUUGCGUCCUCCUCCAAGCGCGACACCCAGGGGUGAGCCUUCUUCUCAUACGCAGGGCUAUUCUAGACUCCGUCUAGAUCAGAGGCAGGAUUUCUCACAAGGGGCGGUGCGUGAUCGGGACGGGUACUUCAACGCGCAAAGCCACUAUGAUGACGGGCUGCUCACCACGAGGGAUCGAUUUCCUCAAGAAGAUCGACCCCCGACUGCUACACCAGCUUCAUCGGAAUCGAAGGUACAGAUGGGGAGCGACCUGAUGGGCGACGAGUUGCCAGUUGGGCGGGGAGGUGAUUUGCAGGCGGAAGGGUCAGAAUCCUCCACGGGGAGUUCGUCCGGUGCAAGGGGGGGCAGAAACGCCUCAUCUUGUAGACAGAGCCGAGGCACAAAUCUCACAGAAUGGGUGUUGAUGACGGUGUAUGCUCCUGCCGACCCUAGCUCUAGAGCGGCCUUCUUCCAGACGUUGCUGUCAGUCAUUCCUCAAUCAGAGCACUUAAUCAUGGUUGUGGAUUGGAAUGUAUCGCUAGACGAGGCUUUGACAGAUGGGACUCGCACGACGGGCAGGAGAGAUGCAGUAGCCUUAAUGGAUCUCAUUCAGGAGCUGGAACUAUCAGACCCUUUCCGCUCAUUGAGCCUGUUUACCUCCGGCUAUACUUGGUUCUCCAAAAUUAGCCAAGAGAGGGGGGAUGUGACCCAUAGGCGGCUGGAUUAUUUCAUGGUUACAGGAGGGUUGGCACAGGGUGUUACUGCAGAUGGCCCCGAUCUGCACCCAAUGUCGGAUCAUCGACCGGUGCUGGCGGAGAUGGUCCUCACCCCGUCGGUGGCCAGGGGUAGAGGCUACUUCAAACUGAAUUCCCUGAACCUUAAGGACCCCGGGAUUAAGGGCUGGGUGGAGGAGCAAAUGGGGUCAUGGGACACAGCCCGACAGUUUUUUCCGUCCACGGCGAAAUGGCUAGAUGGGGGCCUGACGAUCAUCUCCGGUAUGAUGAGCGUCUGCUCAAGGAUCCUGGCGAAGGGAAGAAAUGUGGAAGAGGAGAGGUGUAGGAAAGGAGUAGAGGAGGCAGAAAGGAGGAUGGAAGCCCACCCGAUCUCGAAGCGGGUUUGGGCGGCGAAAAGGGAGCGGAGGCUUGCAGAAUGGGAGGGCCUGCAGGCGACUAAGCAGGCGGAGUGGGAGGAGCUCCUGAGCAUCAAAGUUUUGCUGACUAAUGGGGAGAGACUGGCACUAGACCGCCCAAUAACCGAGGAAGAGCUGCAACAUACCUUGAAGGUGAUGGCUUCCGGUAAGUGCCCGGGGGUGGACGGGUUGACGGUUGAAUUUUACAGAACUUGUUGGGGAGCGUUAGGCCCUCCUCCGGUGGAGGUUUUCAACGAGGUUCUGAGUGGGGGUCGGUUAGGCGAGCUCAUGACGCAUGGUGUCAUCUCGCUCAUGUUCAAGAAAGGAGAUAAGGCCAAUGUGCGGAAUUACAAGCCAAUUUCAGUUCUGAACGUAGACUAUAAAAUCCUGGCAAAAACGUUGGCAAUACGCUUGGGGAAGAUCCUCCCGAGGCUAGUGGAAUGCGAUCAGGGGGCUUUUGUCCAAGGCAGAUCAAUUUUUUACAACAUCCUAACUGCGAUAGAAGCGCUGGAGGUAGUUAAUGCGGAGAACAACAAUGUGGCCAUCCUUCUGCUGGAUCUAGAAAAGGCAUAUGACCGCGUCGGUUGGCCGUUCGUCUUGACGAUGCUUAAAAAGAUAGACUUUGGGCAGGGGUCUUGUAGGUGGAUUAUUGCUAUGUACACGUUGGCCACUUCAUCAGUCAUAGUGAAUGGUCACCUCUCUCGACCUUUCAAUCUGACCCGCUCGCUCAGACAGGGAUGCCCACUGGCCCCGCUGUUGUUCGUUCUGCAGCUAGAGAUCCCGCUCAACAGGAUCCGGAAGCACCCAGACAUCAGAGGCAUCAGUUUGGCGGAGAACUGCGAGUGCAUAGUGAAGGCUCUCGCCGAUGACCUGUUCAUUGCUUCAGUAAACACAGAAAGCUCUCUGAAUGCGCUGAAAGAGACCCUAGCCGAAUACUCGUUCCUUUCGGAGGCCUUGGUGAACUGGUCCAAGUCAGCGUAUACCCUACCGGAAGAAUUCUCUCUGCAGGUGGAAUGGGGAAUGAAAAGGGUGGAUAGUUCUUCCGGGGAGCGGUUCCUGGGUGUCAUGAUCAGCUUGCAAGUGAUGGGCUCCGUUCAAGGUCUCAUUCUGCAGCAGCGUGUCGCAGCUCGUCUCCAAGUUUGGGGUCCGGCUAGCCAUCUUUCUCUUUUUGGUCGGGCCCUGGUGGUAAAUGUGGCACUGUGGGCCUUGCUCUGGUUUGUAGGGGCUGUAAGAGAGAUAUCGGCUGCAGUCUUGACAGCGAUACGCAGGCUGGUGGCCAGGUUCCUAUGGAAACCCAGGGCAGGGAUAGACGGCGGGUUCAUGGUUAAAGUGGCAUGGGACCUAAUCACUUACGACAGAGACGAAGGAGGGCUCGGUCUGAUUGACCCUCACAGAAAGAACCUGGCUCAGUUGAGGAAGUGGAUCUCCCGCAUAGCUAUGGCAGAUGUAAGAGAAGACUGGAUACUGUUGGCUGAGCGUAUCCUGACGAGUGAGUGGAGGCUCUCGAGGCCAGCAGACGUGUGGGUAUGUUUUUUCAUGCACUCCUUCAUGAACAGGAGAUUGAAGUCGGAGUUCUGGGAGGCUGUUCGCAAGGCCUGGAAGGACCACCCACCAGAAGCUCGCAAAAAGCCACAGACAAAAGAGGAGGUACUCCUUCAACCCCUCUUUGAGAAUCCGUUUAUCGUAGAUAGUCAGGGCAAACCGUUUUCUGCUGCUACGGGGCCCGCAGCCUUCGGGCUGGCCUGGAUUCGCAGAGGCAUCAGCCGUAUUCAGGGUUUGUGGUCUGUCAUUCUGGGAUCCUGGCGCCCCUUCGCUGAAGUUAGAGCUCAGUUGCAGAAUCUAUGGAGGGUAGAACAGAAUUGGAGGAGCCUCCUAGCAGCGAUUCCACUACACUGGCGCCAGCUUCUGGGUCCAGAAGGCAUUGACCCGCUGGGUGCAUGGUACCUUCAGCCCACCUACACGCCCACCCACAUGCCCUCUGUCACAGUGUGGAGGGUGCAAGACAUCACUCAACGCGGGUUCAGAAAAGUCCAAGUUUGGGAGGCUGAGGAACACCCCUCCUCAGAACUGCGCUUAGUAGGUGAGGAGGUAGUGGAAAGCUGGGCAAACCCCCCACAGAUCAGGGUAGUGGAGAGCUUAGAUGCAAAUGGUGAGCACUCUCAUUUUCGAUGGGUGGGGAAGGUACCACUCAGGGCAUUGAUGAUAGAUCCCACUGCGUGGCAAUGGAAAGGCGGUAACUUGGAUUCUAUGGACCUGACGUCUUAUGCUGUGGAGUUUCUAUGGACCUGACGUCUUAUGGGAGUUUCUUACAGAAGAGCAGACAAAAGGAAGAGAACACCCGCUUCAGUGGCAGU